CCGAGCGCGAGAGGGAGGCGAGCGGCUAGACAUAGGCUCCGAGGCUCCAGCGAGCGAGCGACGAGCGAGCCCGGUGAGGGAGGGAGCGAGCUAGCAGCCGCGCCGCCGCCUCGCAAUCCGCCGCCAUCCUGCCGCCUCCGCGCCCGACCGCCGCCCGACCGCCAUCGCCCGGCCCAGUCGCGCCCGCGGAAUCAGACCAGAGAAAAAAAGAAAAAAAGGCGUGGCCUGUGGUGCUGGAGAUGAGAGCGAGGCAGAUCGGGAGCGGUGCCGAGAAAAAUUUCCUUACUAGAUGACAUUUCAUCGCAAUGUCCGAUCGUUUGGGGCAAAUAACCAAGGGCAAGGAUGGGAAAAGCAAGUAUUCGACUCUCAGCCUGUUUGAUAAGUAUAAAGGAAAAUCAGUAGACUCGAUCAGAUCCUCAGUUAUUCCUAGACAUGGCUUACAGAGUCUCGGGAAAGUUGCCACAGCCCGGCGUAUGCCACCGCCUGCAAACCUGCCAAGCUUGAAGUCUGAAAACAAAGGAAACGACCCCAACAUCGUUAUAGUACCCAAGGACGGAACGGGAUGGGCAAACAAGCAGGAUCAGCAAGACCCAAAGAGUUCCAGUGCGACGGCCUCUCAGCCGCCGGAGUUGCUGCCGCAGCCGGGUUUGCAGAAAUCUGUCUCCAAUUUGCAGAAACCGACACAGUCGAUCAGUCAGGAGAAUACAAAUUCAGCGCCAGGUGGACCAAAGUCAUGGGCACAGCUGAAUGGAAAGCCAGCAGGACACGAAGGUGGUUUAAGGGCCUCAAGCCGACUAUUAUCCUUCUCUCCCGAGGAAUUUCCGACGCUGAAAGCAGCUGGAGGGCAGGACAAGGCUGGCAAAGAAAAGGGCGUCUUAGAUCUGUCGUAUGGGCCAGGACCAAGCCUCCGCCCUCAGAAUGUGACAAGCUGGAGGGAGGGCGGUGGGCGAAACAUAAUUUCUGCCACGUCUCUGAGCGCCUCCCCAACUGAGCUGGGCAGCAGGAACUCGAGUGCAGGAGACGGAGCCCCCUCCUCGUCAUGUACCAGCGAUUCUAAGGACCCCUCUCUCCGCCCGGCUCAGCCUGUCCGAAAAGGGGCUUCACAGUUCAUGGGGAAUGUAUACCACCCACCUACAUACCAUGACAUGCUUCCUGCUUUUAUGUGUUCGCCACAGUCAUCAGAGAACCAGGGUACAGUGGAACGAGGAUCUUUUCCCCUUCCCCAGCUCCGUCUUGAACCCCGUGUUCCUUUUAGACAGUUCCAGAUGAAUGACCAAGACGGAAAAGAAAACAGGCUGGGAAUGACUCGCCCAAUCCGUCCACUGAGGCAGCUGGUGGAACGGGCGCCGAGGCCCACCAUCAUCAAUGCGGAGAACCUGAGGGGCCUUGACGAUCUGGACACCGAUGCUGAUGAUGGCUGGGCAGGCCUCCAUGAAGAAGUGGACUACUCGGAGAAGCUGAAGUUCAGUGAUGAUGAGGAGGAGGAGGAAGCUGGGAAGGACGGCAGGCCACCGUGGAACAGUUGGGACCCCAGGAGGCAGCGGCAGUUGUCAGUGAGCUCUGCAGACAGUGCUGAUGCCAAGCGCACCCAAGAGGAAGGAAAGGACUGGAGCGAACCAGGAGGCAGAACCCGUGUCGUCCGGAAGGUGCCAGAACCUCAGCCGCCUUCCAGGAAGCUUCACAGCUGGGUGUCAGGCCCUGACUACCAGAAGUCCUCCAUGGGCAGUGUGUUCCGGCAGCAGUCUGUUGAGGACAAAGAGGACAAGCCACCCCCGAGGCAGAAGUUCGUCCAGUCGGAGAUGUCCGAGGCUGUGGAGCGAGCCCGAAAGCGCCGGGAGGAGGAGGAGCGCCGGGCCCGGGAGGAGAGGCUGGCUGCCUGUGCCGCCAAACUCAAGCAGCUGGACCAGAAGUGCAGGCGGGCUCAGAAGGCCGGCGGGGCCCAGGAGCCGGCGGGGAAGGAGGCGCCCCGCUCUCCAGGUGCCCCACAGGAGAAUGGCCCAGCUGUCCGCAGAGGCUCCCCUGAGUUCUCUGCCCAGGAAACCCCCAGCACGUUUUCGGAAGAAGCCCCUACAGCUCCUCCAGCUGUGGCUCAGAGCGGCGGCAGUGACGAGCGGGCCAGGGAGCCUGGGUCCCCCGCGCAGGAGUUCAGCAAGUACCAGAAGUCGCUUCCACCCAGGUUCCAGCGCCAGCAGCAGCAGGAGCAGCUGUACAAGAUGCAGCACUGGCAGCCGGUGUACCCUCCGCCGUCCCACCCGCAGCGCACCUACUACCCGCACCAUCCUCAGAUGCUGGGCUUCGACCCCAGGUGGAUGAUGAUGCCUUCCUACAUGGACCCACGAAUCCCACCCACUCGGACCCCAGUGGAUUUCUAUCCCUCAGCCCUACAUCCCUCGGGAUUGAUGAAACCCAUGAUGGCCCAGGAUUCUCUCAGUGGAACUGGCUGUCGCUCUGAGGAUCAGAGCUGUGUGCCCCCACUGCCAGAAAGGAAAGUGACCACCAUCGAUGCAGCCCCCGUGUGGGGCCCCGAGGGUUACAUGGCGUUGCAGAGCAAGGGCUACUCGCUCCCCCACCCGAAGUCCAGUGACACUUUGGCCAUGGACAUGCAUGUCAGGAAGGAAAGCUCUUACUCUGCCUCCCCUGGAAGGUCAGGGGGCGCAAGUGCCCGGCGCGAUCUCCUUGAGGAGAGAGGGGAGGAGUACUUGAGUGCUUUUGACAAGAAGGCCCCAGCAGACUUUGACAGCUGUGUCUCUUCUCAAAGAAUAGGCCAGGAGCUUUUGUUCCCACCCCAAGAAAACGUUCAGGAAGCAGGCGCGCCUGGGAGUCACCCCCCAAACCUCAGGUGUUCCACACUGGAGCCCGACUUUGCCCCGGCUGAGAAGAAAACAGAGUAUAGCGAUUGGGACGUGAGCCGCCCGCCGAAGGCCGCCGACCCAGACACCAGGGUCGAGAAAGAGGUGCCCCAGGAGGAGCUGUCCUUCAGUGUCUCCUCCUGGGAGAAGGAAGGGAGCCCUGGGAAACAGCCGGCCCUGGAGCCCGAGUGGACGCCAGAAGCCCGGGGCGCCGGCAGCCAGCACCCGGAGCAGACCAGCAGGACCCGGAGAUCCGGCCCCAUCAAGAAGCCCGUCCUGAAGGCCCUCAAGGUGGAAGACAAGGAGAAGGAGCUCGACAAGAUGAAGCUGGAGCUGGGAGAGGGGAGCGCCCGCCUGGCUCGGGAGACGGGGCCCGUUUGCGAGGCGGCUGAGGACCAGGACCAAGAGAACGAUCCCGCGCUGCCCAGCGUGGCCCCGGCCGCCUCGGAGGACCAGGGCUCGGCCCGUGCCGCCUUGGGCCGCGAGGCCAGCCGGCUGGAGGAGGAUGACCAGCCCGACGGGGCCCGGGAGGCCAGCCCCUCCCGGGAGGCCAGCCACACACCCCCUACCAAGAGGAAUAACUGGAUCUUCAUUGAUGAGGAACAGGCCUUUGGGGGCCGGGGGCAGCCCCGGGGCCGCGGCCGCGGCUUCCGAGAGUUCACUUUCCGCGGGCGGCCUGCGGGCGGCGGUCUCUGUGGCGGGGGCGUCCUUGGGGCUCGGGGCCUCUACGGCGGCAGCCAGAGGAGCGGCCGCGGCCGGGGACCUCGAGAGUUCGGGCUGGCAGACGACUUCCCCCGGGCCAAGCCCCGGCGGAGGAUCGCCAGCGAGACCCACAGCGAAGGCUCUGAGUACGAGGAGCUUCCCAAGCGGCGGCGGCAGCGGGGCGCCGAGACCGGGGACGAGGGCGCGCUCCCGGAGAGGGAGGAGGCCGCCGGGAGGAAGAGCGACUUCAGGGAGUCCUGGCGGUCUGGCAGGAUGUGCCCUGAGGACCACGGCGGGCCAGAGGCCAAGAACCGAGGCCCACGGGCCUUCGGGCGCGCCCUCCCCCCGCGGCUGAGCAACUGCGCAUAUGGCCGGAGAACCUUCGUGGCCAAGGAGGCGGCCCCCUGGCCCAGCCGGGGUCUGGGCGCCUCCUGGCAGGAGUCCGGCCCCCCUGACACGUGCGGGGCCCGGCGGCCCUCAGACAGAGACUACAUCCCGGACACCUACAGACACCCCGACGCCUUGGGCACCCGGGGCUUCGAGGAUGGCCGUGUGGAGGACAAGAGGGCCUUCUUCCAAGAUGACCACGCGGCAGAUUCCGAAAAUGCCGAGAACCGGCCUUUCAGGAGAAGGCGGCCCCCGCGCCAGGACAAACCCCCCCGCUUCCGGCGCCUUCGGCAGGAGCGGGAGGCCCUGGGCCUGUGGGGGCCGGAGGAUGAGCAGCCCCUGCCGGCGGGCCAGUGGCCGGGCCGGCCCAGACCCUGUCCCGGGGACAGGAGCGGCACCACGGGCCGCAGGUCCCCCGAGCUCGCCUACCAGAACUCCUCGGACCACGCCAACGAGGAGUGGGAGACGGCCUCCGAGAGCAGCGACUUCAGCGAGAGGCGGGAGAGGCGGGACGGUCCCGGGCCCGAGCCCCAGGCCGACGGCCUGCCCGGGGCGAGCGCGGGCGAGAAGAAGGAGCUGGCCAAGCGGAGCUUCUCCGGCCAGAGACCCCUCGCUGACAGACAGAGCCGGAAGCUGGAGCCGGGAGGGUUCGGGGAGAAGCCUGUUAGGCCAAGUGGCGGUGAAGCUUCUCCCCGUUAUGAGAGCCAUCAGAGUGGGACGCCUUUGAAAGCCAAAAGGUCCCCGGAGGACACCUUGCCUGGAGGUCUUGGCUGCAGCAGUGGGAGCGGCCACUACACGCUGGAGCGGGCGGCCCAUGCCACCUCUGACAUCCCCGAAGCCUCCUGUGAGAAGGCAGAGAAGGAGGCCCAGCUGGCUGCCCAGAGGGCAGGCGAACAGGGAGAGACCAUGAAACCAUUUGACCUGAACUAUGGAAAUGCCGGCGUUGAAAACUGCGGAUCCAGCCCCGGAGAGGAGGGUGAGGUGGGCUCUGUGGUGGGGGAAGGCUUCAUCGAAGUCCUGACCAAGAAGCAGCGCCGUGUGUUGGAGGAAGAGAGGAGAAGGAAGGAGCCAGCCGUGCAGGUACCUGUCAAAGGCCGAAGCCUUUCCUCUCGUAUUCCUCCUCGGUUUGCAAAAAAGCAGAACCACCUGUGCCUGGAGCAGGGUGAUGGAGCUGUGCCUGGCAGUAGCCUGGGCACCGAGAUCUGGGAGAGCAGCGGCCAGGCAGCCCUCCCCAUUCAGGCCUCGACCGGCGACUCCUGGGCCAAAGCUGCCACUGCCUUUGCCGGCACCGAGCCCGGCUCUGCCGAGCAGGGCUUUAAGAGCAGCCAGGGGGACAGUGGCGUUGACCUGAGCGCCGAGUCUCGGGAGUCCUCAGCGACCUCCUCGCAGCGCAGCUCCCCGUACGGCACUCUGAAACCCGAGGAGGCGAGCGGGCCCGGCCUGGAGCCCAAGGCCGAUGGCCACAAGGAGCAGACUCAGAAGCAGUCGGAGCCGAAGGAUUCUGAACAAGGUUCGGGACAGAGCAAGGAGCACAGACCAGGACCCAUCGGCAAUGAGCGGUCUCUGAGAAACAGAAAGGGCUCUGAGGGGGCUGAGCGGCUGCAGGGGGCUGUGGUCCCCCCGGUCAAUGGGGUGGAGAUCCACGUGGACUCUGUGCUGCCAGUGCCACCCAUUGAAUUUGGAGUCAACCCAAAGGACUCUGAUUUCAGCUUGCAGCCCGGUUCUGCCUCUGGUCCCGCGGGGAAUCCAGUUGUCAAACUUCAGGACGCGUUGGCCAGUAACGCUGGGUUGGCACAGAGUAUCCCCAUCCUCCGGCGCGAUCAUCACAUCCAGAGGGCCAUCGGCCUCUCCCAGAUGUCUUUCCCCACCGCCGACCUCACUCUGAAGAUGGAGUCUGCGCGCAAGGCUUGGGAAAACUCGCCCAGUUUGCCGGAGCAGAGCUCUCCAGGAGGCACUGGCUCGGGCCUGCAGCCCCCGUCCUCCGGGGGAGCCUCCAGCGGGGUCAACUACAGCUCCUUCGGUGGGGUCUCCAUGCCCCCCAUGCCCGUGGCCUCGGUCGCACCUUCUGCGUCUCUUCCAGGCAACCACCUGCCACCUCUCUACCUGGAUGGCCAUGUGUUUGCAAGUCAGCCCCGGCUGGUUCCUCAGACGAUACCUCAGCAGCAGAGUUACCAACAGGCUGCCGCUGCCCAGCAGAUCCCGAUUUCCCUUCACACGUCUCUGCAAGCUCAAGCCCAGCUCGGGCUGAGGGGCGGGCUCCCCGUCUCCCAGUCUCAGGAGAUCUUCAGCUCCUUACAGCCCUUCAGAUCUCAGGUGUAUAUGCACCCCAGCCUGUCACCGCCCAGCACCAUGAUCCUCUCCGGAGGCACAGCCUUGAAGCCCCCCUACUCGGCGUUCCCAGGCAUGCAGCCCUUAGAGAUGGUGAAGCCCCAGUCCGGCUCGCCCUACCAGCCCAUGAGUGGAAACCAAGCCCUGGUCUACGAGGGCCAGCUCGGCCCGGCCGCCGGGCUCGGCGCCUCCCAGAUGUUGGACUCACAGCUCCCGCAGGUCCUUCUGAUCCUCCACUGUGGACUCAGUAGCAGGGAGAUGAAGAGGAAAGUGACCAAGAGACCACAGCAGCUGACGAUGCCGCUGCCUGGCUCCCAGCUGCCUCUGCCUCGGUACGGCUCUGGGCAGCAGCCCCUGCUCCUGCCACAGUCCAUCCAGCUGCCACAGGGGCAGAGCCUCUCUGUCGGGGCCCCCCGAAGAAUGCUCCCACCCGGGUCCCAGCCUUCGGUCCUUAACACCAGCAGAGAGUCCUCUCAGAUGGAGAUGAAGGGCUUCCACUUUGCCGACAGUAAACAGAAUGUUUCUUCAGGAGGCUCCAUGCCGUCACCGCAGACCUACAGUUCCACAUCCGAGGAUUCAACCAACUGCAGGUCGUGUAGUACGUGCUUACUGAAAAAAGUUCACGUGCCUAGCUCUGCUAGCCCCAGUGGGAAGCCCUCUGGAUCAGCAGUUAACAUGGGCUCUGUGCAGGGACACUACGUUCAACAGGCAAAACAACGAGUGGAUGAAAAGCCCAGCCUGGGAGCCGUGAAGCUGCAGGAGGCCCCCUCAGCCGCUUCCCAGAUGAAGCGAACUGGAGCGAUCAAGCCCCGGGCAGUGAAGGUGGAGGAGAGCAAGGCCUGAAGACGCCGGGCCUGGCCUGCCCGGAAGGACUGCCGCCCCUCCACCUCGCUGCCGCCGGACGCUGGGGAGUCUCCCAGAUGGAUCCACUGUCCACCGACCUGGCCCGGACCGCGAGAUCUCCCUGCUCUCCUCCACUCCUGAAAGCUCCGUUGUCCAACCAGCUUGCACCCGUGGAUCUGUGGCAUUGACCUGCUUGGCUUUAAUACGAAACAAACAAAAAAGCAAAUGACUCCAUUCCCGCCUCCUUUCCCCCAGGACCGUGGAGUGACCGAUCCGUCAUGCCGCGCAGAUUAACCCCGCCCUCCCCUCCUCCUCCUGCUUCUGGCGGCCACGGCGCCCUCCACCGAGCUUCCUUCCCUCCCCGCUUUCCGUCCCCGGGCACAGUGGUCUGGCAGCAGGGCCGUUUUAGUUGAGGCUUUUUGUUCUAAAAAGCAGCUAAAGGUUUUUACAAAAGAGAAAGGAAAAGGAAAACACAAGCUUCGUCUGUAAGAGCUGGACUUUUAUAUGUUCUUUGCCAUCCUCUCCCUGACCCCUCUUCUGUUGCGGUAGUUUCCUUUUAACCUCUCACCUGUUUCAUUUGAUACAUCACUGCGAUACCUUAAGAGAUGACGCAUAGGAACGUGCCCUCUCCUGAUCUCUCUCGGUUGGUUAACCUUUGAGGUUACUUACAAAAAGAAGUGGUGACUUAAGACACCGCUCCUGAGCUUGGGAAGCGGUGGUGGGAGGGAGGGGAGGUAGGGUGGCGUUUCAGUCAGCUUCCAGCCCCUGGCCUGAUGACCACAGGGACUUAAUGGGCAGCCCAGUGAAGUUGAUGACGUUUUUAGCAUAAGAAUUACACAGAAUUUCUGUCUUGAACUCUUCAAAACUGGUGGGGACACUGACCGCUGGGCACCUGAGGUGAAUCACGGAGAUAGAAGGCCCUGGCAUUUGCCAGUUUGGCCUGGACGGUGCGAACUGACAGCACCAGCCCCCGUCAGGGUCUGCUUCUGGGACUCCAGCACCCGCGGGGCCUCGCUUUCCCAUGCGCUCCCUCUCCUCCGAGCUUCCCUCGUCCUUCCUGAGCUGCCUCCGCCUCUCUGGGUCCUCCUGUCCUUCCACCUCUCCCACAGCUCGUCACUGGAAGCCACGCACUUCCUCUGUGGUGGCGGACGCGUGGACGGUUGUCACUAGAGACCGUGCACUUCAUCCACGUGGCAGUGAGCGCAUGGACGGGGGUUUGGUUGGGUCUGCGACAGAGACAUGAGCUCUGGGAGGCCCCUGGGAGGGCUUCCUUUUCUCCUCUCCCAGCAGCAGACCCAGGUUGUGGGGACAGAGAGGCCUGAGCUGGGCAGUGGGUCUCUUCAAGGACAGAGCAGUGUCCGAGGGGAGGACGGGUUGCAGGGCUGACGGUGAUUCCCAGAACAGCCUGGGUAGCCUCGUAAGUCUGCGGAGCUGCCUUUAUCAGAGUCUUUGUGUGAGGCAUUUUAUGCUAGGCUUUUGUUUGUUUUUAAGAUAAGGAUUAGAAGGAAAUCAUCCCAAAUUCUGUCAUUCCAAGGAAAGCCGAGGGGACGUUUGAAGUUUUGCUCACGCUCUUGGGAGUAACGAACCCGCCAUCCACCUGCUGUUGCCGGCGGGUCCAGGGAAGACCUGGCUUGGAGAAUGGGCAGUAGGCGAUCGGGGGCGUGCCCCACAGAGUCCACCCGCAGUGUCGCCACAGGUGUGUGACAGUCACUCAGGCAGUGGUUCUAAGCUCUGUCCAGUGUGGAAUACGGGGAAAGAAGCGCCUUAGGAACCGCCGAAGUCACUUGUUGCUCUUCAUUGCUUUAAGGAAGUGGGGGAACAACAGCCUCCUGGCAGAGGGUGUAGGGCUUCUCCCGGCCUCAUCCGGGGAGGCCGGUUUUCUUGAAAGAUGCUUCACCGCUUGGUCGAUAGUGUUCCGCACUCCCCUCCUCGCCUCCACCCUCAGGCCUUACUUCUCACUAGCUUGUUUUUUUUUUUUUUCCUCCUUCAUCCCCUCUUUACUCGGAAGGCCCUUCUUGAAGGGCUGCCCACUGGCUCACCUGCUCUUGUCUCCCGUCCCCUGCGAGUGCCUAGCUGCCGUCCCCGCACCCAGCCGCCCUGACCGAGCUCCUCUCUGCUCCGGCCGCCCCUGCAGAGGCCACACGCUCACACGUAGAAACACGGCCAGACCCCUCACACCUAAUUCCAGUGCACAUUGUCAAAAGGAAAAAAGGCUUUCUCAUUUUGAAAUUGAACAGGACAGUCCUGGAUGCUGUUACAAACUCUCAAGAUGUAUCCUUCAGGUGAACCUGCCAUCAGAGUGACGGUACUUCCUGUUUGAGAAAAAAAUAAAAACGAAAGGGUCACCUGUUCUCCAGCCCUUUUCUCUACCCCUGUAUUUCCCCACCCCCACCCCCAAUAAAAACAGAAAACACUAGAAUUUAUUUAUAUGUAUUGAUGUUGUAGGUCUAGGUGAAAAAAGAAGUAAAUGUUUCACUGCUCUAUUUAUAUAUAAUGUCUGAAUUAUUCUGUGCAGGAAAGGCCAGGAAAUUGCAUGUGAAGUUCAGUGCGUGUACCACCUUCGUGUGCCCAAGCUGCAGUCUCUUCCCUGCUGAGAUACAGACUUUAAAUUGAACUCUGGAGGCAGAGGGCAGGCCUUGGGCCCAACCAACACCCCGUCCCUUCCUUGGUGUGAUGAAAUGAAGUUUUUAGUGCAGAGAUGUGUUAAGGUGCAAUAUCUCUCCUCUUUUUAUGUGGUUUUAGAGCCAAGCUCAAGGUAAUAGGACUUAGGGUCAUAAUUUGCCUUCAAAUCCCCAUCCUCAGAGUGCAUGUCCAUGCAAAGGCCUCUGGCAGAAUGCCUUGGGCCUUUGGCGGGAACAGGUGGAGAGUAGCACUUACCUUUUCUGCUGCUGGGGCUGGGGGUGGGGUGUCAGAAUCUUCUCCCUGCGCCUCUGCCUGCUAAAAUUACUGUCCCUUCCCACGCUGGCUGCUUUGCCCUGGCCCGCUGAUGGUGCAGCCCGUUGCUCAGCAACCAGUGACCCUGCAGUAUGUCCAACAUCAAUCACUCAGUGGGGUAAAAUCUGAGAGUAUGUGUUCAUGUAUCCUUGUGGCCUUGUCCACCCACUGAAGACUUCUUUGGCAUCUAUAUUUGGUCUGGUUCUCUUUGCUUCCCCUUUUUAAUCAACAUUUUUGUUUUCAAACAUGGAAUUCAUACACUUUUGGCUCUGGGUUCCUUCAGGGGGGAAACUAAAGUACGACUAUUGCACAUUCAGAAAAACUGGUUGGUCCAGUUCCAAAGCCAUGGUCAUUGCAGCCACUUCCAGGGGAUAUUGGGGCAUCUUGUCAUUAAAUAACGGGCAUCAGUUCUCUCCAGCUCUGCCCUCACCCUCCUGUCUUCUGGACCUGCCUUCUGGAUGGUUGAUGAGGUUGGUGUCUUGAUGGUCAAGGGCCGAGGAGGCCAAGGGUGUGCACACGAGGGCACGGCCACGCCCAGAACUGGCCUGUCGAGGCAGUGUGUGGCCAACUGCUGAAGCCCCCUCCUUGCUGUGUGGUUCUCCUCCACCAAGUAGCUGCAUGUUGCCUCUCAAGUCUGCAUUUGUCCCAUUUCCCUUCCUGCAGAGCUAGCCUGGGUUAGAAGGUCUGUUGGAAAUGGCCUUUGGCAACCAAGGACACUAGGGUACUUGUUUGUACUUUGUAUUGUUCUGUAAUGACUGGGAAAUGCAGACUUCCAGAAAGCCGGCUCUUCCUGUUUGAAAAGUGAACUGGACCUAAGAUAAACAGAUCACCCGGACAGGAAUGGCUCAGUGUUGGGGGUCAGACACUGUCCCCCAGCCGUGCCCUCCACUGGGACCACCAGCGCAUAUUUGGCUAGUGAUAUUACAACCUGCUGUUCACCAUUUCUCCAUCCCAGUUAGGUGGUCUCCAAGAUGGUACAGUGUCCCCGGGGCCCCGUCUUCAGCAUGCUACAAAGCCUCGGAGUGGAACUUUCUGUUAAGGCUCUGUGUGGAUGACUUUCUUCCAUUGUGUAAAGGGGUUACUGU